AUGAUGAUGUUCAUGGCGGCGGAAAGAAGAGUGUUUGGUUAUGGUACCAUUAUUAUGCCUCACAUUAUCCUCAAAUCAUUCUCAUCAAAUGUUGUGGCUGCUCUUCCUUUCCCUUGUCAUCCACUUCUGUUUCCAAAUCUCGCCUUCAGACUUUUCAGUAGUAUACUUCAUAUUCUAAUCGAUAUCAAAAGUUAUGCGGGUGCCAUUACCAUUUUCAAAGACAUACCACUUUCAAUGUUUGAGGCAUUUGAGGUUUUGAUCGAAAGGCUCUCUGAGUCUGAGGCUGGGAACACUACAGAAGCUUUGAGCUAUUGGUCAUUCGGUCUCCUACGUGAGAUGAAUGCGAAAGGCAAUGUACCGACAGAUUGCACUUAUGUAGUCGUGAUCAGAGGAACAUUCAACAAUUUGAUGAAUGGCCUGUACAUGAAAGGUCUACUGGAGGAUGCUCAACAACUUUUCGUCGCAAUGGAAGAAAGUGGGUGCGAGCCAAAUGAAACUACUUCCAAUAUCAUUUUGAAAGUACUUGUUAAGUUACGUAGAUACGAUGAUAUUGCUAUUUAUCUUGAAGAAAUGAUUAAGCAAGAUUUUGGUUUGAUCAUAGAUAUCUCAGUUGUGUUAUGGAAGUUAAUUCGUCGGGAAGACAAUGUUUCUGAUAGGGUUCUUCAGAAGUUAGAUCCCAGUGCAACAGUUAUUUCAUUUCGAUCCGGGUAA